CUGAUUCAAGGCCUGAACCGGCCCUGCCGAUGUCCAAGUUGGAACAACCAUAUAUUUUCUUUGUCUUUCAAUUGGGCUCCAUAUUCUACUGGAUCUGGCCCAUAUAAGAAAAACCCAUUGAGCCCAAAACGAUUAAACAUCAAGUCUCUCCAGCAUCUGUGCUGCUGCACACUGUCACAAGAGAUUGAUUGGCAUAGAAGAUAGAAGGCUGUGUCUUCUGUUUUGUCAAUCAAAAUUUUAUCUUAACCAAGAUGGUAGCGCUAUUUGAAGCACCGCCAUUCUUUAACUGCAACCACCCACUCUUCUCCUCCCGAAACAGUUUAACCGCCGUCACUUCUUGCUCUGCUUCAAGUCUUCCGCCUCCAUCAUCUCCCAAAAUCCCGGAAGGGGAAACCACUGACCCCAAUUCACUUAAUAUUGCUCCUGACAGGUCCAGGGAUCGCCGGAAGGUUGUUCGACUGGCCUGGGAGAAGCUGGUCCGCUGGUCCCGCUCUUGGCGCUCUAAGAACGGGACUGACGUCCUCCAAGACACAAACAAGGUGGUGGUGCUUGGAGGAGGAUCCUUUGGUACGGCAAUGGCUGCCCAUGUUGCUAAUAGAAAGGCUCAUUUGGAGGUUCACAUGCUUCUACGUGAUCCUUUAGUCUGUCAAUCGAUCAAUGACGACCACUGUAAUUGCAAAUACUUCCCAGAACACAAGUUACCAGACAAUGUCAUCGCCACCACUGAUCCUAAAACUGCUUUGCUUGGUGCAGACUACUGCCUUCACGCUGUACCUGUUCAGUUCAGCUCAUCAUUUCUUGAGGGCAUUUCAGAAUUUGUUGAUCCAGGCUUGCCUUUUAUAUCCCUUAGCAAAGGCUUGGAGCUCAAUACAUUAAGGAUGAUGUCUCAGAUUAUUCCUCAAGCACUGAAGAAUCCUCGCCAGCCUUUUGUUGCAUUAUCUGGACCUUCUUUUGCCCUGGAAUUGAUGAAUAAGUUACCAACAGCAAUGGUGGUGGCAUCCAAGGACAAAAAGUUGGCAAAUGCUACUCAACAGCUACUAGCCUCUUCUCAUUUAAGAAUAAGCACUUCAAGUGAUGUUACAGGGGUGGAGAUUGCAGGUGCUCUAAAAAAUGUGCUUGCCAUAGCAGCUGGGAUUGUGGAAGGAAUGAAUCUGGGUAAUAAUUCGAUGGCAGCUCUUGUUGCACAAGGUUGUUCUGAGAUCCGAUGGCUGGCUACAAAGAUGGGUGCCAAACCUGCAACAAUUACUGGUCUGUCGGGAACAGGAGACAUUAUGCUUACAUGUUUUGUUAAUCUUUCAAGAAAUAAAACAGUUGGAGUGCGCCUUGGAUCAGGGGAGCAGCUUGAUGAUAUAUUAAAUUCAAUGAAUCAGGUAGCAGAAGGUGUAUCAACAGCAGGGGCUGUGAUUGCAUUAGCCCAGAAAUAUAAUGUUAAGAUGCCAGUUCUGACAGCAGUUGCUCGGAUCAUAGAUAAUGAACUGACCCCAAAAAAGGCUGUUCUUGAAUUGAUGAGACUCCCUCAGGUUGAAGAAGUUUGAGAAGAAGGUGGGAGUUCUGAGAUGCCUCAUUUCUUUCCAAGUGCUUUUUUUUUUUAGCAGAUGUCAGUUUAGUCAUAUUCUUUCAAUUUUACCCUUUUUUUUUUAUUUCCUGUUAAUUAUGUAAUGUUACUCUGCCCUAAAUUUGGUCCAGAGAUAGAUUUUGUAAGCUAGGGAUUAGACAUUUUGCAAAAAAGUAAACUAAGUAAAAAAAAAAAAAAAGGAACAAUAUUUUUUAAGACCAUA